ACUAUUUUUAACAUAGUCUCAUUAAAUAAGAUAAAAAUAAUUAAGUUGUAUUUAUAUUUGAGAAAUAAAUAAAUAAACUUUGUUUGCUUGUAAAAAAGAAUGGAGGGGUAUUAGUAUUAUAAAUUGUUUUUCUUUUCUUGGGAGCAUACUAAUAACUAGCAUUAAGGUUUCGAAAUUUGUGAUUAAAAUAAGUGAUAAUUUGUUCAUAACUGGAAGUGGUGUAAUGUACACUUGUAAGCUUUUUUUUUCUUUUUCUUCUGAAUUGUACAUUUGUAAGCUUUUGCCAAAUAACAUCACUUAACAAAUUAAUUGGCAACCAAUAAAAUAACUUAAAUUCAUGACAAACAUAUAUAUCUGCCAAAACAAAAAUAAAAUCAGGUAUAAUAAAAAAAUGAUUUAAUUAAGAAGUAAAAAAAAAAAACAUUACACCAUGUCGUAUUUGCAUAGAAAAUUCAAAAACAUAGACCCCAUACUUAUGAAUUGUUUGGAAUUAAUCAAAGUUAGUGAUCGAAACCAAGGCAUUCUGGAAGGAUUAGAUAUAUUCUUUUUUGAAAUUAUAAAAAUUUAUGUUCAAAUCUUAAUGGACGAGUUAAUGAAUAUUAUUAGUAUUUUUUAUUGGAGUUAUUUUAUUUAAGACAAAGUCUUUGUAAUAAUCAAACAAUAAAUUAACCUAUCCAAAAUUAUUAUCAUUAAUUAACUACCUACGAUUUUCGUAAUAAAUAAUAAGGAAAUGGAUUCAAAAUAAUUACUAUCACUACUAACUCAUUUUUAUAACAGAUUUUAAUUUAAAUAAGAUAGUAAAUUUAUAUCUAAUCAAAAUAAUUAUCAUUGUGUCGACAGAAUGUCCAAUGAGAAAAAGUUAUCAGUAAUUAAGGAGAGUGAGAAAUAUUAAUUUUUAUAUAUGUUGAGCUAUGUGACAUAAAAAAAUGAGAUAUGUGCUCGUACGAAGUGGCGGGGGGUGCAUGUGUGAUGUCUUUUUUUUUUUUUUUCUGUUUUCUUUCUGGUGAAGUGCAGUGCAUGACUCUAGUUUGCGUGCACGACAUUAGUGUGCUUGAAGUCCAAGAGAGCUGAACGUGAGAGAUUUUUAUGUUAUUGUGUGUGUGAGAUAAUUGUGAGUUAGGAGAGACACAACGUGAAAUAAGUGAAAGAAAGAGCUAGAGUUUGAGAGAUCUCAGUAACAGAAAAUGAAAAAGAAAAAAAAAGUGUCCUUUGCUUGCAUGUAUGUGGGCGAGUAUGAUGAGAAUGGGUGUACACGUUGUCACAUGAUGAACAAUUGUUACCAAACUAGUGUGCCACUUGUACUCAACAAGCCAUUUAACCAGAAGAAGAUACAAUUAUAAGUAUAAAAUAAAAGGCCUAGGGAGAGUCAUAUACAUUGAAGUGCACUUUGAUAAUUAAAGUGCAUCCCACUUAUUAUGAAAGAACCUUAUGCAUGCAUCUAGUCUAGUGUGCAUGGUGAAGAUUGUUGAGUACAGAUGACCCAUCAGUUUGUUUCAACAGAUAGUUGUUGAACAAUAGUAAAUUAAUUAGUAAUAGUCUUUAUUUUAUUUGGGAGUCAUUGGUAAAGGUAGUGUGUGAGUGAAAGGGUUCUUUGAGUUUUGAGAGUUUUGUGCAAAAGAACUUGUAUUCAAAGUGAUUAAGGAAAUUUUCCCUUGUGUAUUACUUCUUGUUCAAGAAUGUUCCACCGUGACGAAAAUGUCAAGUUGUGGGUACAAUUACAUUGACUAGAUAGGCCUUAAGCUCCUUUUUCGCACCAAAAAUCUAGAGAUGGCAGUGGCAUAAUCUGAUUGAAGUUAGUCUCUCAUAAAUCUCUAGAUACUUGUACACAAGCAACCCAUACUCAUACCUGUCCCGAUUGUGUCAUCCCACAUAUCCUCAAUGGUGAAGCAAACUGUAUCAUCAGUAAUCACUCUGCUUCUUCUUCUCUUCAUUCUAAGGGAAGUGGAAGGAGAUAAACGGUCACAUGAGGUAAAACUAUUUGUUUUUGGAGACUCUUAUGUUGACACAGGGAAUUCGGUGAACUCAGCAUCAUAUAAGCCUCCUAGUGGAGACACUUUUCCCGGUAAACCUGCUGGAAGGUUCUCUGAUGGUUGUGUCCUCACCGAUUACAUUGCCUCAUAUUUGAAAAUUAAAUCCCCCACACCUUAUAUAUUUAGAAAUUCCUCGGAACUACAAUAUGGUAUGAACUUUGCUCAUGGAGGGAGUGGUAUUUUCAACACUUCGGUUGAUGGACCAAACAUGACUGUCCAAAUUGACUCAUUUGAGAAUCUAAUCAAAGAAAAAGUCUAUACUAAAGCUGACCUUGAAAGCUCAGUUGCUCUAGUGAAUGCUGCGGGUAAUGACUAUGCUACAUUUCUACUACGACAACAUGGGAGCAUACAAGAUAUGCCAGUUUUCACUACAAUCCUUAUCAGGCAAAUGUCUUUAAAUCUUAGACGCAUCCACAGCUUGGGAAUAAAUAAAAUAGCUGUCGGGUUAUUAGAGCCUAUAGGGUGUAUGCCUUUGUUAACCGUGGCAUCUUCAUAUGAGAAAUGCCUUGAGCCUUUCAACUUGAUCUCCCAAAAUCACAGCCAAAUGCUACUCCAAAUUGUGCAAGAACUAAACAAGGAAUUGGGAAAACCAGUGUUUGUGACACUAGACCUUUACAACUCUUUCCUCUCUGUCAUUUCAACUAUGCAGAAAAGGCAUUCUGAAAACCCAACAUUGAUGAAUCCGUUGCAACCAUGUUGUGAGGGUGUGAGUAUGGAAUAUUCUUGUGGAAGUGUGGAUGAGAAAGGAGAAAAGAAAUAUUGUUUAUGUAAGAAACCAGAGCUUUCAUUUUUUUGGGAGGGAGUUCACCUUUCUCAAAAUGGUUGGUAUGCAGUCUAUAUGAUGUUGUAUUCUUCUCUCAGCAAACUUUGAGAAAAAACUUUAAUCUUUAAGGAAUUAUGUGUUAACUCCUUAGCAAGUA